AUGGUAACAAAUAAAAUUGAACCACAAAUCGAAAAUAAGCAAAAAAUUUACUAUAUUCAAUUUGAAAGCUAUUUGAAUGCAAGAAAUGCUGAUAAGCAUAUUUUUCGGCAAGAAAAGCCAGAAUUACGAUUAAAACUCUUGCAACAUCCAGUAUUGGUGGAAGGACAUAAAUCUAAAUGGCAAAUAUUAAAAGACAAAACACAACAAUUCCUACAAAAAACUAAGAAAACAAAACCCCAAACAUUUUUACGAACUCCUGAAAAACAAUGUAGCCCAUUGGCUGGAAUAAGUGAAGAACAAAUACGUAGAAUAAAACAAUUAAUAGCCAAAUGGCGUCAUAAGACAUCAUAUGGCAGAAGGCGUUGGGGUUCAUUGAAGUUACCAAAAUUUCUAUCUUUCUUAAGGGCACGCAACGAUGAUGGCUUGUGUAAACGGAAAUCUGGAUUUGAAAUCUAUUGUGAAAUGGCCAGUAUACAUGGUUUCAUCAAUUUUGUUGGCUCUACUACAGCUCAAAGAGCAUUUUGGUGUUUUGUAAUAUUUGUGGCCAUCGCAAUGUCAGGAUUUAUUCUACUGCUGUCACAUUUAAUGAAUACCAAUACACCCACAAUUCUCUAUACUGAGAGUACACAAUUUCCCACAUGGAUUAUACCAUUUCCAGCGGUCACCAUUUGCAACAUGAAUUUAAUGUCAAAGACAAAAGUCAAUAUAAUGGCUGAGAGAUUUCAACGCAAUAGUAAUUUGACCAAACCCCAAUUGAUUCGCUUAUUUCGUUUGGUUUUCUAUGCCACACAAACAAUAAAGGCAACCAACGAGGAAUAUCACCAACUGGACCUAUUACUCCAAAGGAAUAACAUUACAUUGUUUGAAUUACAAGAUGAAAUAGCACCAAACUGCGAAACAUUAUUGCAGCGUUGUAAAUGGAAGGGAAGUCAUGAACGCUGUCAAAACAUAUUCCAAAAAGUGCCCACCUUAUCGGGAAUGUGUUGUUCUUUCAAUGCACAUAUGGGAAAAUUGAAAUAUGAUAAAGGCGUUGAUUUUCAAAGCAAUGAGGAAUACACUACCAGUUGUGGUGCUCAAACUGGUCUAACGGUAUUAAUAAAUCCCGAUUUGGAAGAUUAUCAUUUGACACAGCGAAAAAUUGCCGGUCUGAAGGUAUUCAUCAGAGAUGCAUAUGAUUUCACAAAUACCAAUGGUUUGGAGAGUAUCAUAACACCUGGAGCAGUAAAAUAUAUUCGUAUAACACCACAGCAAACCCGAUCUACCGACUAUAUAAGCAGUUUAAAUUUACCAUCACGUCGUUGUUAUUUACCUAACGAACGAAAACUAUUUCAUUUUCGUUCCUAUUCCCAAGUGAAUUGUUUAAUGGAAUGUCGUUCCCAGAAGCUGUAUGAAAAAUGUCGUUGUACUCUGCCGUACUGGCCGAAAAGGGAGAAGUGGCCAUAUUGUGGCCUCAAGGAAAGGGAAUGUGUUUUGAAGUAUAAAGUUCUCUAUAGUUCUGUGCUACAAACUGAAAGAGCUGAUUAUAAGAACAAUUACUAUGCCGAACACGUUAUCUGUGAUUGUUAUCCUUUGUGCGAUUUCAAUAUGUAUUCAACCUUUGAGGAUUCGGGAAAAUUGAAUCGCGAAUAUUCAUUAACUGAUUUAAGAUUUUU